GAAAUCAUUAAUAGUAUUUUGCAAACAGAAAACUAAAAAUCCCCCAAACUUAUUCCGUAGAAGGGAUUGAAACAUGACUAAACCUGAUGAAGGGGCAAGUUCUUCUGUAAAAGAUGAUGUUCCAAACAUAAUUACUCAGACUCGCCAGCCAUGUCUGACGUUGGACCUCAAAUUAUUAUUGGUUUUAACUUUUGGCGAUUCAUGGCGGCCAAUGGCGUUGACCCCAACAUGGCCAACCUCCCACUCUUAGAACAACAUAUCUCUGCUAAAUCUUCCCUCAAUACAUUAAAUCCCCUCUCCCAAAUUAGCUUCUCAAAGCGACCACAAUGUUUGUUUCUUUUCUGUGGAUUUCUUCGGUACUUCUUGCAUCUUCCAGCGCUUGGGCGGCGGCGCCGGUUGGGUUGCAGAGUCUGACUCCCGGAAACUCCAUAGCCGUUGAGGACGAGAAUCAGUUCUUAAUUUCCCCAAAUGGAACCUUUUCAUCUGGGUUUUAUCGCGUGGGCAACAAUUCUUAUUGCUAUUCAAUAUGGUACACAAAUAGCUUCGACAAAACUGUGGUAUGGAUGGCCAACAGAGACAAACCGGUUAACGGAGAGAAAUCCAGACUGACCCUCAACGUCAAUUCCAAUUUGGUUCUCACCGAUGCAGACGGCACCGUGGUUUGGUCCAGCGACACUGUUUCCGGUGGCAAUAUUCAACUCCGACUUCUCGAAACUGGAAAUCUCGUAGUGAUGAAUCAAUCUCAGAGUUUCAUUUGGCAGAGCUUUGAUUUCCCCACCGACACUCUGCUUCCAGAGCAGCGGUUUCUGAAGACAUCAACUUUAAUUUCAAUGCAAAAUCGAGGUAUAUAUUUAUCCGGCUUUUACUACUUCAAAUUCAACGACUACAAUAUCUUGAAUCUCUUAUACAACACCCCUUCACUUUCCGGUAUUUAUUGGCCUGAUACCAUGGUAACGGUUUUCGUGAAUGGUCGAUCUCCGUAUAACAGCUCUAGAAUUGCAAUUCUAAACAAAAUGGGAGGCUUUGAAUCGAGUGACAAUUUCAAAUUCAACGCUACCGAUUAUGGGUUGGGUCCCAAGAGGAGAUUGACGGUUGAUUUUGAUGGGGUUUUGAGAUUGUAUAGCCUCGAUGAAUCAACAGGCAACUGGACCAUCUCCUGGCUUCCUUCCGGUGCGCGUAUAGAUGCUUGUAUGGUUCAUGGGUUAUGUGGGGACUACGGUAUUUGCGAAUAUAACCCAUUACCGGCUUGUUCCUGUCCUCCCGGUUUCACUAGAAAUGAUCCUUCGGAUUGGACUAAAGGGUGCAGACCCCUUCUGAAUUUGACUUGCGGUUCCACUAAUUCUUCCAAAGAAAUGGAUUUCAUCGCCCUUCCUAAUACGGAUUACUUCGGGCAUGAUUGGGCUUAUAGGCAAGAAAUAUCCCUCGAAACGUGUAGGGAUUUGUGCCUUAGUAGCUGCGAGUGCACUGGAUUUGGAUAUGCACUCGAUGGCACGGGACAAUGUUAUCCCAAAAGCGCUCUUCGUAAUGGGUAUCGAAAGCCCGAUACGAUUGUGCUAAUGUUUAUUAAGACCAGGAAAGGCGAGCCGUCAUUGAGGCAGCAAAUUUCGACAAGUGAUUUGGAUUGCUCGGGCUCACAGACUGUUUUGGGAGCAGAUCAUUUGUAUGCAGAGGACAGUAAUAAGUUUCGUUAUAUAGGGUUGUUACUUGGAGUGGUGGUUACCGUUGGGAUUAGUGAGCUCGUUUUUGUUGGAUUCGGGUGGUGGAAUGUGUUUCGGAAGCGGGUAAAUGAGGAAUUGGUUAACAUGGGUUACAUUGUAUUGGCCAUGGGGUUCAAGAGAUUCUCGUAUGCUGAAUUAAAGAGAGCCACCAAGAACUUCAAGCAAGAGAUUGGGAAAGGAGGGUUUGGAACGGUUUACAAGGGAGAGUUGGAUGAUGGAAGGGUUGUGGCGGUGAAGAGAUUGGAAGGCGUUUUACAAGGCGAUGCAGAGUUUUGGGCAGAAGUGAGCAUCAUUGGAAAGAUCAACCAUAAGAAUUUGGUGAAAUUGUGGGGUUUUUGCGCUGAGAAACAGCAUAAGAUGUUGGUUUAUGAGUAUGUGCAAAAUGGGUCUUUGGACAAACAUGUAUUCUCGGAUUCAUCCCAAGCGUUGGGAUUGGAGCAGCGAUACGAGAUUGCCGUUGGAACAGCGAAGGGGUUGUCAUAUUUGCAUGAAGAAUGUCUUGAGUGGGUUCUUCACUGCGACGUGAAGCCUCAAAACAUACUUCUUGACGAAGCUUUGGAGUCGAAAGUUGCUGAUUUCGGAAUGUCGAAGCUGUUUCGAGAGAUCAAUGAGAGUGGAUUCUCGAAGGUGAGAGGGACGAGGGGUUAUUUAGCUCCGGAGUGGAUGAUGAACCUGAAAAUUGAUGCGAAAGCAGACGUUUACAGCUACGGGAUUGUCGUGUUGGAGCUGCUGAGUGGAAAAAACGCAUACGGGUUUCAAUCGUCCAGCGUUGGCAACGAUGGUGGAAGCAGCACAGAUUUGGUGAAAUGGAUAAUGAAAGUUGCAGACAAAGGUGAGGUGGAGAAGGUGAUGGAUCCAAGGUUGAAGGUGGAAGACAAGCAAAGCAAGAAGAAGAUAGAAACACUGUUGAAAGUGGCUCUGCUGUGUGUGAAGGAAGAUCGAAACCAGAGGCCUGCAAUGAGCAGAGUUGUAGAGCUCCUAACUGGCUACGAAGAACCCACCCCAGAUCUUUAUGAUCCAAAAUUUUAUUAAUUACCUUGAAGGUCCAAAUCCCCACCUUAAAAUUGU